UUAACUUUCAAGUUAGAAAACACAGAAUUAUGAGCUGUGAACUCUUACUGUUAAUUUAUUGUUCAUAUUAUCAUCUGGAAAGAAUGGGAACAAAUCUCAGCACUCCCAAAACUGAAAAGUCUUCCGAUGAUGGAGAAAAUGAUCAUCUUAGAUAUGGUUUAUCAUCAAUGCAAGGCUGGCGUGCAUCAAUGGAAGAUGCACAUGCUGCACAUCUUGAUCUGGAUGAAUCCACUUCCUUUUUUGGAGUUUAUGAUGGUCAUGGAGGUAAGGUGGUUGCCAAGUUUUGUGCUAAGUAUCUUCACCAACAGGUGGUCAAGAGUGAAGCAUACAUAGCUGGAGAUAUAGGAACCUCUCUUCGGGAAUCAUUUUUCAGGAUGGAUGAGAUGAUGCGUGGUCAAAGGGGCUGGAGGGAAUUGGCAAGUUUGGGUGAUAAGAUAAACAAGUUCAAUGGUAAGAUAGAAGGAUUGAUUUGGUCUCCACGAAGCAGAGAAUAUAAGGCUCAAGAGGAUAGUUGGGCCUUUGAGGAGGGUCCUCAUUCUAAUUUUGCUGGACCAACUUCAGGAAGCACUGCCUGUGUUGCAGUUAUUAGAAACAACCAACUUUUUGUAGCAAAUGCUGGUGAUUCACGUUGUGUAAUAUGUAGGAAGGGUCAGGCUUACGAUUUGUCUAUAGAUCAUAAACCUGAUCUUGAUACUGAGAAGGAAAGAAUCAUAAAAGCCGGUGGUUUUAUUCAUGCAGGAAGAGUUAAUGGGAGUUUAAGCCUUGCAAGAGCUAUAGGUGACAUGGAGUUUAAGCAGAAUAGAUUCCUUCCUGCUGAAAAACAAAUGGUGACAGCCAAUCCAGACAUAAAUACUAUUGAACUUUCUGAUGAAGAUGAAUUUAUAGUGCUAGCUUGUGAUGGCAUAUGGGAUUGCUUGUCAAGCCAGCAAUUGGUUGAUUUCGUACGCCAACAACUUCUCAUUGAAACAAAACUUUCUGCGGUUUGUGAAAGAGUGUUGGAUCGAUGUUUGGCACCAACAAUAGCUAUUGGUGAUGGAUGUGAUAACAUGACCAUGAUUUUAGUGCAGUUAAAAAAACCGAGCCAGUCCAGUGCACCAACAUAAGAACAAUGAUCUUCAAAUGAACUGAGAAUUGAGAGUACUGAAAUUAGGCUUUUGCACAACAACUUGUACUGUAUAUAUAGUGUGGACUACUCCUUUCUGCUCAAUCUAGAGUUAUAUCUUCACUUUAACUAGCAUUCAUUUUCAAAUUUGUGUUUACUUUUAACUCUCCUAGAGUCUGUUUUGCUUCUUCAAUAAGCGACUCUAUGGAACCACCGAGAUUAUAUAUCCUUUAUUGUUUUUUUGGUUA